UCUCCCCAAUGACGUAUUUGCUCUUUCCUUCCCGCUAGCAGGUCUUCGCGAGGACUUGAACCACCUCCAACAGUGGCUCUGUUGUCCGAGUAGGUCACCCUCGGCUGCAAGAAGCCUGCAGCCGCCUGCCGUUGACGACCUCCUUUUUCUUCUUCGAUACUGUAGUUUAAUUGCCCUCCUCUAUAAGUUCCACAAGCCUCUCCGUCGCUCUCUCGAGCUCUGGAAUUGGACGGACUAGGUUUGUACAUAAGUGGGGGAUUGAUGCGGUUCUGCUCGUGGCUGUGCGGUUGCUGGACGAGGAGAGCGAAGGGAGAUGGAGGAAGAGGAGGAGGAGAAGAAAAGCAGCAGCAGCAGUCUUCUUCUUCUUCUUGGAAUCUAUUCAUUGAUCUCAAAACAUUGGAGGCCGCCACGGAUAACUUCUCCGACGCUAAUCUCCUCGGCCGUGGUGGUUUCGGCCCUGUUUAUAAGGGGGUGAUGGGGAACGGGCAGGAGAUUGCGGUGAAGAAGCUGUCUCUGGAGUCGCGGCAGGGCAUGAGGGAGUUUACCAACGAGGUGCGGCUACUGCUCAAGGUUCAGCACCGCAACCUCGUUUCUCUGCUCGGUUGCUGCGCCUCCGCCGGCCAAAAGAUGCUCGUCUACCCCUACUUCCCCAACCGAAGCCUCGAUCACUUCCUCUUCGAUAAGGGCAAACACACAUCACUAGAUUGGUCAAAACGAUUUGAGAUUAUUGUGGGAGUGGCAAAGGGUCUUCUUUAUCUUCAUGAAGAAUCCCCAGUGAAGAUCAUCCACAGAGACAUUAAAGCUAGUAACAUUUUGCUCGACGAUCAGUUGAAUCCAAAGAUCUCUGAUUUUGGCAUGGCGAGGCUCUUCCAGGAGGAUGCUACCCAUGUUAAUACAUUUAAGAUAUCUGGUACCCAUGGUUAUAUGGCUCCCGAGUAUGCACUGAAUGGCUAUUUGUCAGCAAAGACGGAUGUCUUCAGCUUUGGGGUCCUGGUGUUAGAGAUUGUAAGUGGGAGGAAAAAUCUUGACAGACAUUUGGAUGAAGAAAAGGUUGACUUAUUGAGCUAUACAUGGAAGCUAUUGGAAGCAGGAAAGGCAUUGGAGGUUGUGGACCCUUCUCUUUCAAAUUGGAGCAGGGAUGAAGCAGCAUUGUGCAUCCAGAUAGGUUUGUUAUGCUGUCAAGCUAUUAUUUCCGACCGGCCUGACAUGCAUACCAUCCAUCUCAUGCUCUCAAGUGAUUCAUUCACAUUGCCGAAACCUGGUAGACCAGGAUUACGUGGGCGCAUAGGGCGUUGGACCAGCACUCCUUCAUCAACUCUCACUAACACAAAUACAAAUAGUACCUUAACUGGCACUGACGGCACAAAAGCCUCUACUUUAUGUAGUAUAGCAGAAGAUGACUCUAGGAAUUCUAUUUCUGUUUCUUUUACUUCAGAGGGUCGCUGAUACAAAUCUUCCCAUGUAUUGUGUUCUGAACAUCAUUGGCCAUAAAUAUAUCCUUGUUGGGGCUCUGAGGAAAUUUUUGAUGAGCUGUAGCUUUCAAA